AUCAUCAGCCGCCUGCGUCACUCUAAGCAGGAAGUGGGAUUUUGGGAGAGCCGGAAAAGCGGAGCUAAAAGAAAUAUUCCAUCUUCAAACUCUAAGGAUUGUUAAGGGUUGCAUUCUUUUUCAUAUCAAAUAUUUUUUGAGAGGAGGGAACCUUCAGAAAAAAUGUGGAAGGCAGCAGCAGGUCAGUCGGUCACAGUGCCGUUGGAUGCUGGAGGUGAUGACUGGGAGACAGACCCAGACUUUGAGAAUGAUGUUUCCGAGAAGGAACAGAGGUGGGGGGCCAAAACAGUGGAAGGCUCUGGUCACCAGGAACACAUAAAUAUCCACAAGUUGCGUGAGAACGUGUCAUCAGAGCACAGUGACCUAAGGCAGAAGGAGCUAGCCAACAUGCCCAAGGCCUCGGACGGCUACGGGGGAAAGUUUGGGGUGCAGCAAGACCGCAUGGACAAGUCUGCGGUGGGCCAUGAGUACCAGAGUAAGCUGUCUAAGCACUGCUCUCAGACAGAUACAUCCAAAGGCUUUGGUGGAAAGUUUGGAGUGCAGGACGACCGUGUCGACAAGUCUGCUGUUGGGUUUGAUUAUGCAGGGAAGACGGAGAAACACGCGUCGCAGAAAGACUACUCCACCGGGUUUGGGGGGAAAUUCGGGGUGCAGGCAGACCGUGUGGACAAGACUGCAGUGGGCUUUGAAUACCAGGGCAAAACAGAGAAACACGACUCCCAGAAAGAUUACACCAAAGGUUUUGGUGGAAAAUUUGGAGUGGAGACGGACAAGGUGGAUAAGAGUGCCUUAGGAUUUGAGUACCAGGGGAAAACGGAGAAGCACGAGUCUCAGAAAGAUUACGUGAAGGGCUUUGGGGGCAAGUUUGGCGUGCAGACUGACAGACAGGACAAGUCCGCCGUAGGGUGGGACCACCAGGAAAAACUUCAGCUCCACGAGUCACAGAAAGACUAUAAGCGUGGGUUCGGAGGACAGUAUGGGGUGGAGGUGGGAAAGCAGGACCAGUGUGCCCUGGGUUAUGAGCACAAGGAGAGGCCGGCAAAGCACGAGUCUCAAAAAGACUACUCCCAUGGGUUCGGGGGGAAGUUUGGCGUCCAGACGGACAGAAUGGAUAAGAGUGCUGGCAACUUUGAACAUGUAGAGAAGCCCAGCCCUGCCUACCAGAGGACUAAACCUGUGGAAGCUGCCGGUAGCAGCACCGGCAGCAUCAAGGCCCGUUUUGAAAACAUCGCCAAGCAGAAGGAGGAGGAGGACCGCAAGCGGGCGGAUGAGGAGAAGACCCGGCGCCAGGCCAAGGAGAAGCAGGAGCAGGAGGAGGCGCGACGCAAGUUAGAGGAGACAGCCAAGGCCAAACCCGCCUCACCCACACCCAGCCCCACCCCUUCUGCCCAGCCUGCUGCACUGUCACCCACACAUGCAGCCGCAGACCAAGUUUACCAGGACACUGCUGUUUAUGAAGAGCCUGCAGAAUACAAAGCCAAAGUGACAGAGGAUUUGUAUGAGGCGGAGCCCAGGCCUGUCACCCCGCAGGUGGAUGAGGAGGCUCCCACCCAGGAGGAGGCGCUCUAUCAAAACCCUGACGAGACAGCAGACGCCCUGACGGACGAGUAUGGUGAGGAUUUGGGCCAAACUGCGGUGGCGCUGUAUGACUACCAAGCAGCUGGCGAUGACGAGAUCUCCUUCGACCCUGAUGACAUCAUCACCAAUAUAGAGAUGAUUGAUGAAGGCUGGUGGAGGGGUGUGUGCCGGGGUGCCUACGGCCUCUUCCCAGCCAAUUAUGUUGAGCUUCGGCAAUGAAGCCCGCCCUGCAUCAAAACCGCUUCUUAUCCUUUUCCCUUCACUUCUGAUUCUUCUGUUUCUCACACUCUGUUGUUCUGUUGAUCACAGUGCUUCUUUCGAGUGUGCUCAACAUUCUCAGGUCUUUCAACUGUCCCUGUCUUUCUUUCUCACCCCAGUCUGUAUUGGGUUUAGUGGCUCUUGGCUUUGACAGAGCUACCUGCCUGCCAGGAAGAGGCUUCAGCCUGAUUUAAAGACUCUGAAUAAAAGAUGAAUCUUGGAUAAACACUUACCCUGGCUUACGCACUAAAGAGGGAGAGUGAGAGGGAGAGCCCUGCUAUGACAGAAAGACCUUUAAUUGUAAACCAGGCAAUCUGAGAAACACUACUCAUUAGCUAGUUGCAUUCUUGGUUCUAUAAGAUGCCAGGCGCUCUUGCUGCUUUGUCCCCAUUGCACCAGUUAGCUAAUUCUCAAUUCAAAUUUUCCCUCGUAGAAUGUCCAAGUUAUCGAUUUGGUGUUGACACUUAACGUCUACAGUAACAUUUAAAGUAUAUUUUCUCUCUUUUGGAGGUGGGGGAUGGAUUAAAGUAACCAAGUUAGGCACAACAACUAACACCUGGAGCAUGUUUUGUUCAAAAUAUUGUGACUUCCAGUAGGGUUGGUUGAUGUUGAAAGAGCACUUUGAAACAGUAAUAAUAAGAGGCAGUGGUCAAUUGAUUGAUUGGUGUGUAACUAAAUUGAAAUAGCUAGUACACUGACCCAGAGCAGUGUCUGAGCUGUGGCAAGGGCUUGUUCUAGCUAUUCAGAUUUGUACUGAUUUCCUUCUUUUUGCUAACUAAAGCCAUCUAUUUAGUGUUCCAGACAUCAAAUUAAACAUUAUGUUUUUGAGGAUGUAUUGAAAAAAAGUUUACCACGGGUUACUUAAAUUUUUGGUGUAAUGUGGAUUUUGCCUAAUCAUGGGGCUAUACCAUUAUAGAUGUUGUGAAUUUCCAUUGCUUCUUCAAAUCUCUUCCUUUUUGCAUAGGCAUGAGAAAAGACACUAGAAAGCAUUAGAACAAAAUAAAUCAUGGAAUUGUCUUUUUAAUCACUCACCCAUAGUCCUGUGGUAGAUGAUGUACAAAUAAAUAGUUUUUAUGAUGCUCAGAGCGAUAUAUUGGGUAGAUUUUUUUUUUUCCCCAGCCAUUGUUGCGUCAUCGUUGUACGAGACCUGUAUAUCUCCUGUCACAGGUGUGUUUUCAAGCAACCUGUGGUGGGAGUCUAUCAUGUGUUCCAUGUCUGUCGUGUGUUCAUGUGCAUGAAUGUGGGAUUUGGUAUUAUUGUGUCUGGAGCCACAUUGAGACGCUUAUCAUGACCAGAGUGUGCUGUUGAGUGAACGACUGCAGAGUGAUAUUUAUCAAAAGGGGGCUAUUGCUACUUAAAAAA